ACCAGCUCCAAGCAGAAUUUUAAGAAGUUGACGGUGCAUAACUUUUAGUAUUUUACUAUUAGGCAUCUGUAUUCAUUGAAAUUGAUCAAAUCCUAGUCAAAUGAAACUCCUACAAAAGUUCUUAGGCUGAACGCCAAAUGUUGGUUUUGUAGAUUUCUCAAUACGCCUAGCCCCAAUUCCUGUUAACUUCUUUUCUUGAUAAGCUCAGCUUGUUUACACCUAUCUAGCUAGUCUGCAAUGUUCUAUUAGGACAUAUGUGAAGCUUAAAUACCAGUCAUAGAUUGUUAGAACUCUAGAACAUGAAAGAAAUGCACGAAAUGGAAAGUGUGAAGGCUCCAGCCGAUCAGGGGGAUCCAAGAGACACUUACAAGAUUGCUUACAUAAUCUAUUUCUUGCUUGGUGCUGGCAAUUUGCUUCCAUGGAAUGCUUUUAUCACGGCUGUUGAUUACUUCAGCUAUCUCUAUCCAACGAAGCAUGUAGAGAAGGUUUUCUCUGUAGCUUACAUGAGCUCUUCUGUGCUAGUUCUAGUUGUUAUGAUGAGCCUGGGUUGCAGGAAUCUAACUUACAGAUGUAGAAUGAACAUGGGAUUUUCUAUGUUCAUUCUUUCUCUAAUGGUUGCUCCAGUCAUAGACUGGGCAUGGCAUAGGGACGAGUCAAAAGGGAGCGAGAAUGCACCCUAUUCAGUGACAGUUGCAGCCGUCUUGAUAUGUGGAUUAGCUGAUGGCCUUAUAGGAGGAAGCUUGAUAGGUUCAGCAGGAAAGCUUCCAAAGCAGUAUAUGCAGGCUAUUUUUGCUGGAACCGCCUCCUCAGGUUUGCUCGUUUCUAUCUUGAGAAUCAUAACCAAAGCGUCAGUCCCACAAACUCCUCGGGGCCUUAGAACAAGCUCCCACUUCUAUUUCAUUGUCAGCACCACCAUCCUGCUGUGCUGCACCCUUUGUAGCAACCUGCUAUACAAACUACCAGUUAUGCAGCAGCACAACAGACUUCUCUCAGUUGACCCACUCUGCUGCAGGCCAAAGUUCUGGACUGUGGCAAGAAAGAUCUGCUGGCCAGCUUUUGGGGUUCUAAUGAUUUACCUUGUCACUCUAUCCAUUUUCCCUGGAUUCAUAGCUGAGAGUCUGCAGUCCAAGCUCCUUCAUGAUUGGUAUCCGGUUCUGCUGAUCACCACAUACAAUCUUGCAGAUUUUGUUGGAAAGUCUGGAACAGCAGUUUAUGUUCUUAAUAGCAUUAAGAAAGCUACAUGGGCUUGUAUUGCUAGGCUGUUGUUUUACCCUCUCUUCAGUGCUUGUCUCCAUGGACCAAAGUGGCUAAAGAGCGAAGUGCCAGUAGCAGUUCUAACAUUUAUGCUUGGAUUAAGCAAUGGGUAUCUAACGAGUGUGAUCAUGAUCCUUGCCCCAAAGUCAGUGCCUGAACUAGAAGCAGAACUGGCGGCAGUUGUACUUGCCGUGUUCCUGGGAAUGGGUUUGGUCUGUGGUUCAAUUCUUGGCUGGUUUUGGCUCAUUUGACCCCUUUAAGCUUCCAUGACUUGCUGAUCUUGGAGGUUGCUUAUUAUUCAGUUCUGUAGGCAUAAAUCCGCUUCCCAAGUUGUCUCCACCGGCAAAUUCCGUCAUCAUGGCCCAUGCAGCAGAACGUUUGCUUUGUCAAGUUUUCAGAGACAACUUGUUUAGGCAAAAAUCUGAAACUAAGCUAGUUGUUGAAUAAUUUCCAUUCGUGCUGUAUUGUUUUAAACUUUUUAUCUCUUUCAGCUGAGCAAAGGCAGUAGAAUUUGACUUUAAA